AUGAAUGGCUCUCAUUGUGUCACUCACAUCAAGCUGUCGAGAAAUAGUAUCCAAUUUUGGCCGCUUCUGCGAAAGACACAAAAAUUCGAUUGUGUCCCAAAUAGAAUCCUUUCUCUGCUCAAGUUUAUCGCCAUUCAAUCGUAUACAUCCAAUAUGCAACGAUUUCUAUUUACAUUUCUGCUUUUGGUCAGCGCCGUCGCUUCCUUUACACCAGAUGCGGCAUUCAAGCGCUCCCAAGUGAAUCUGUCGUUUGGAAAUGAAGAUCAAAAGAACGUCUUUGUUUAUACCCAAUCCACCAACGACAAGCGCCGCCGAUCGGCUUUUGUCUCCAUGACAGACAACCUGCGUAAAUCUGUCACUGGACCUCCUUCCUUUGAAGAUUACAUGACUAUUCGACGACGAGCCAUGAGUGAAGUGACAGAAGAAGAGCAAUAGCCAGAAGAGCAUUAACCAGCGGUGCCGGUAGUGCUAAUAUGGAAGCCUCGAUAUGUAUGGUAGUUGACAACAAUACGCACACUUACAAAAGCAGCAUCAAAUGUAGGACACAAACAAUUCACCUCCUCAAAUACUUAUUUGUAUAAUCCUAGCCAGUUUUGUAUCUUGGCAUCUUGUGUUUGCUAGCU